AGGUCUAUGGUAGAUAAUAGUACUCCGUAGUUGGAGACUUGGAGACUGAGUAGUUCUUUCUGCCAAAGCGGUCACGCCCCUUUCUCAAACACUGCAAACAAGCUUCUUGCGAUCUGCCCCUCUUAUUGGUCUGUGGGUUCUUGCGGGCACGGUUCGAAUUUUGUGCGGAGAGUCGACGCAAUGAUAGCAAUCUGAGGGCUAGUUUACGCGCGGUCAGGUUUACAAGAACACCAGAUCAGGGACAAAGAGUGAUCGGAUAGGUCUCACAAGGGACGUGCAUCUACUUUUCCUUUUUUUGUUCGUUAUAACGAACAGGUCAGCGCUGUCCUUAUCAUGGCUCCCGCGGCGACUGAAGCGGACACUCCGCAACCAAUGGUCACCCCAAAGGAAACGACUGUCCCCGGAAAGAAUGGCUCUGAUGCCAUUUCUGAUGGAGACGGGGCUGAGGAACCUCCCGCAAAAAAGGUUAAGUUGGAGGACACCUCAUCUACAGAGAAGCAGGCGUCCGAUGGUCGUCCUCAGCGGCCGCGGGGUACUGCGCCUGUCAAAGCAGAAUACCUGAUCUAUCCCAUCGGUGGACAAACAACCGUACAGGAAACGCAGGAUGAUGACGCUGCUGAAGCGGCCUCUCAUGAGGAUCGCGACGGCGGCAGCAAGAAGAAGGGAAAGAAGGAGAAGGGACAAAACACACACCGGAAAUUUAAAAUUGCUCAGGAUGAGAAGGGACUUUGCCAGUCUCGCAUGUUCCAGCCGGCGUUCUCUCCUCUAGAAUGUCCCUUUGGCGACGGGUGCAGAUUUGAACACGAUCUCCGCAAGUACUUGAAGGAGCAUAAGCGUGAGGAUCUCACCACGUUCAAUGGCAUCUGUCCUGUCUGGGACGCGAGAGGGAAAUGCCCCGUUGGCUGGAAAUGCCGAUUCGUGGGCUCCCACAUGACGGAGCGGACGACUGAGGACGGCAGACAGGAGCUGGUCCUUGUUGAGGACGAGGAAAGGAAGCAGAAUGCGAAACCUCUGGUUCCUUUUGCCGAGGAUGGAUUUGCCAACUCCGUCCCCAUUGCUGAUAAGGUUGCCCUCACCAGGAAGAAGACAAAGACGCCACGAGCAGAUGCCUUCACCAAUUGGAUUGAGAAGUCAACCAGAGAGCUGGAGAAGGCCCUCCACGGGCGCGAGAGACCUGAGAGAACAGAGUCCGCACCCAAUGAGAAUGAAGCCAAUCGGGAAAUGAAAGAGGAAAAGGAGGAGAAGGAGGAGAACAGAGCACAAUAUACUGAGCCUCCAUUCCUCCCUUCAGAGAAGAGACGGAUUUACUUUGGCCCCGAGACUCCUACCCUGGCACCUUUGACCACGCAGGGAAACCUGCCUUUCAGGAGACUGUGCGUUGAGCUGGGAGCACAGUUCACCUAUUCAGAAAUGGCUAUGAGCAUGCCACUUAUUCAAGGUUCUAAAUCAGAGUGGGCGCUGAUGAAGGCCCACGAAACAGAGAUGCUACCCCCCACUAUCUCCCCAGAUGCCAGUGUGGUGAAGGGGUAUGAUAACUCUAAGGACUUCAAGUUCGGUGCCCAGAUCGCGGCCAAUAAGCCAUGGCAAGCCUUGAAGGCUACUGAGGUUAUAUCGGCUCUUUGCCCUCAUCUGCGUGUCAUUGAUCUCAAUUGCGGUUGUCCCAUCGAUCUUGUAUACCGGGAGGGAGCUGGUUCUGCCCUUCUUGAUCAUCCCGCAAAGCUGGAGAAAAUCCUGCGAGGUAUGAAUGCCGUUUCACAGGACAUUCCCAUUACGGUGAAGAUCCGCAUGGGCACCAAGGAUAAUAAUCCUACCGCCUUGAAGCUCGCCGAAAGACUUCUUCACGGAGGAUAUGAAUCGCAAGUGGCGGGCCUCGGACCUCCUGGUAUUGCCGCGGUCACACUGCAUGGACGAAGCAGGGAACAACGAUACACACGCAAGGCCGACUGGGGCUAUAUUUCCGAGUGUUCAGCGCUCAUAAAGAGACUGAACGAGCAGUCUGACGCUGCAGCGGACACAAUCCGUGAGGCGGAUGAAAGAACUCAGCCGGCUGGCGGCAAAGUGUACUUCCUCGGCAAUGGAGAUUGCUACUCAUACGAAGAUUACAACAACCACAUACAGAAUGCCGGUGUCGACUCCGUCAUGAUUGGUCGUGGAGCGCUCAUCAAGCCGUGGCUUUUCGAGGAGAUCCAGAAAGGACAGUAUCUCGACAAGUCAGCCUCGGAGCGGUUGACAUACGUCGAGAAGUUCGCCAGAUACGGUCUCGAAGCGUGGGGCGCUGACGAGUACGGAGUUGGUAUCACCCGAAAAUUCUUACUCGAAUUCCUAAACUUCACUCACCGUUAUAUCCCGGUUGGUCUGCUGGAGUACCUGCCCCCCAGCAUUCAGGACCGACCUCCAAGAUGGAGGGGCAGAAACGAAUUGGAGACUCUCUUGGGUAGUGACAACUACAAGGACUGGGUCAAGAUCACUGAGAUGUUCCUUGGUCCUGUCCACAAGGAAUUUGAUUUCCAGCCUAAGCACAAGUCCAAUGCCUAUGAUGUCGAGGCGCAGGGUUAAAAAUAAAGAUUUUUGCACACGCAUAGAUAGAUGAGCGGCUAUUUCUGCAAUGUAUAUAUAAAAGUUCAUGGCAAUAGAAUACAGUGAAACCAAAAACUAAUCUCAAGCUUGUGAAACUCUUGCUGUAUUUUUGUUUUUG